UGCUUAUAAAAAAGCCGAAACCGGCUUACAAAAGAUUCAUUGGCUAUACUCUUGGGACUGUUUUUGUUGCUGAAACUAUUGGAAUUGCAGUAUCGUACGGUUUAUACUUCAAGUUGAAUACCGAUAGAGAUUUCCGUCUGUAUAUGCACAAAAAUUACAACUUUGUCUUGGAAGGAUAUUACAGUCUUGGGGAAUACAUUGGUGGUCACAAGACUCGUGAGUUAGAUCAAAAAGUUUGGUCAAGCGAGGGCAAGAUUUAACUCGUUUGAUGAGGGCUCUAAGCACACUGAUACAAGAAAAUUCUCCCGUGACACAGUAGCAGUACUUAAAGAAGCUGCUAAACAAGAUUCUGAAUUAAAUAAAAAGAUUGAAGAAUUGUUGAAGAAAUGAGUGAUAGAAAUUCUGUACUAGAGCGGCUGAGUAGGAGAGAUGCACAACGCUUAGAAAAACUACAAAAAGCACAUAAGGCAAGGGAGGAAGUUGACGCUUCUAAUGAAAAUGAAGACUUCUUCUCUGGAGCUUUUAAAAUCAGAUCCGAGUACAUCGAACAGUUGUUAUCUCAAAUACCAACUUUGGAAACUUCAGUAUUAACUGCCCACUUUGAUAACAUCAAAAGAGAAGUCAAUGAAUUGCAAAAAUAUGUUGUCACAUCCUCAUUCUUCCUUAAAGAGUUCAACAUGCGCAAAUACUUAGGCAUUGUACAGAAUUUACAGUCAAAAUGUUACGAAUUAGAAGACCAAUAUGUCCCUCGGAAAAAAUUUGGCUUCACAAGAAAGAAAAUUCCUAAAUCAGACAAUCAGAAACACAAUUUGGAUGAGCAUGACGGUGUUGACAAGAUUGACAGCAAUAAAUGGGAUGAUAAGCUAUUUGGUUUCGAUUCUUUAGAAGGAAAGGUACUGCUACUAGAAAAUGACGUGUUAUUUCAGAGAGAUGUGACAAUGAGAAAUUUAAAAAAUUGUACAAUUGGUUUGAAAGGUGUUAUGGGUACGUUGCAUUUGACUAAUUUGGACAACUGCAUUGUUCUAUCUGGCCCCGUUACUUCUUCAGUAUUUAUAGAGAAGUGUACAAAUUGUAAAAUAGUUACAGCUUGUCAACAAUUACGUAUGCAUACAUCAACCAAGUGUGAUAUUUAUCUUCAUGUAACAAGCAAAGGUAUUGUCGAAGAUUGUAUGGAGAUUAGAACAGCGCCAUAUAAUUUACGAUAUGAAGAUUUAGAGAAGCACUUUAAUAUGUCAUCGUUGGAUAAAAAUAAUAAUAAUUGGGACAAUUUGGAUGAUUUUAAUUGGCUUGCUCCGGAUGUACCAUCACCAAAUUGGUCAAUUCUGGAUGUGAAGAGUCGUGUUAAUGAUUGGAGUGAGUGGUGGUCCAAGAUUCCAUUAUAAUGGGUACAAAAACUGAUAAUAAUAAAAUCAUUUACUCAAUUUGAUAAGUGGUAUAAAUAGUGCAUUAAUUGAAGAUGUAACUCCUACUAACUGGUGCUUUAAAGUUUUGCGUUUCUUUUGCUCUUUACAUAUAUUAUAAAUGUUAACCUCAAAUUUCAAAAAAAGAAAUUCACACAAAAUUAUCAGAAAAAAAGACAAUUUUUGGCUCUAGCAGUAAUAAAAGAUUUACUAUAAAGAUUUAAUCAUCUUUUUUCUAUACAUUUUGUUUUUAAUUUCAAUCAAAUAGAUUUAUGUUUCUAAAUCGGACUUAUUUGUAUCAUUGCUUUAUAGUUUAAUUGCAUUUCUACAUAAAAUUGGCUAAAAUAAUAUUUACUAAUAACCUACUUGUCAUUAAGACUUAGUUAUAAAAAAGUUAAAACAUAAAAAGGUAAUGCUGUCAAUUUUUAUGGCACCCAGUAAUUUAACGAUAAAGACGAUUAAAACUAUAAUUUCACAUAAAAAUGUAGUAGAUUAGUUACAUUUAAU